GGAAGCUGCACAGAGGCGAGAUGCAAAGGAAGGGCUGCAGAGCACUCAAGAGACCCAUCAAGAAUGUACAAUUUACAAAUUACCGAAAGAAGUGACAGCAGGACAGAGGGAGGGAAGCACUGACUGAAGCCAUUCUCCUCCUCCUCCAGGCUACGACAAAAAGAAUCAAGGACUGGAUCACAAAGUAAAGCCCAGGGAGUUGGAAAUUUCAAUUUCACGAGUGUGCAACUGGUCUUGAAGAAAGCAGUGCAAUUAGGAAGGAGAGAUCCUUUGGGGUGGGCAGGGGGAAACGGACACGCACACACACACACACACCCCUCAGCUUUUGACAGAUAAGGGGGAAAUCGUUUUGGAAAAGAAAUGCAUCCAGCUUCAGUAACAAGAGAAUUCUAAACCCAGCGAGGGGAUAACUCAAACCAAGGGAGAAAUCUUCGACACAAAGUCUUGCAAGAGAAGAGAGUGUGUGUGUAAGACACAAGGUGCUAAUUCAUUACCCAGUUUCCUCAACAACUACCCAACUGUUUUCAAUAUUUUCUAUUUAGACAACAGCCUGACCGUUGGGAUUUAUAACAGCUAGAAUGGAUCCAAGACAGUACCUUUAUUUUUAAACUCUACUUGCAUGUAUCCAAGUGAAGACGAAGAUUGAAAAUUCUGAACACGUGGGAUCUGAAAAGAACCUCUUGUGGCAACAGAUGAGCAAUUUACAAUGCUGAUCUUUCAUCAGGAUUGUACUGGGCCGGAGAGGAAAACCAAGUUCCUAGAGUUUAUAAAAUGCCCGAGGAAAACACAGUGUCUGAACACAUCCUCCUGGGCACCACAAUGGCCGUGCCUUUGAAUACGUCCGGAUUUGGCAAUGGAUCCAUGCAGCCAAUUACCGAGGAGAACACGUUGCGCUGGGCAGCCCUGCUCAUCUUGAUGGUCAUCAUCCCCACCAUUGGGGGAAAUAUUCUGGUCAUACUGGCUGUGUCCUUGGAAAAAAAGUUGCAGUAUGCCACCAAUUACUUCCUCAUGUCCCUGGCAGUGGCCGACUUGCUGGUCGGGUUGUUUGUGAUGCCGAUAGCCCUUCUUACUAUACUGUUUGAGAUUGCAUGGCCUCUUCCCCGGGACCUGUGCCCCGUCUGGCUGUUUCUCGAUGUCCUCUUUUCCACUGCAUCCAUUAUGCACCUCUGUGCCAUCUCUCUAGACCGCUACAUUGCCAUCAAAAAGCCAAUCCAAGCCAGCCAGUACAACUCGCGGGCUACCACACUCAUCAAAAUAACCGUGGUGUGGCUGAUCUCAAUAGGCAUUGCUAUUCCAAUCCCUAUCCGUGGCAUAGAAGAAAGCCAUGAAGACCUCAUGAAUUUCACCUGUGUGCUAACGCCUGAACGCUUCGGAGACUUCAUCCUUUAUGGCUCAGUGGCUGCCUUCUUUGUCCCACUGGCCAUCAUGGUGGUCACUUACUUUCUCACCAUCCGAGUGCUGCGCAAGAAGGCCUACUUGAUCAAUAAACUGCCUCAGCGCUUGACCUGGAGUACUGUGUCCACAGUAUUCCAGCGGGAAGUGACCCCUGGAUCAUCACCAGAAAAGUUCACCAUGUUGGAUAGCUCUAGGAAGGACAAGCCUUUGUCUAAUGGAAACGAAGAACUGCUAAUGCGCAGGAUGUCCGCAGCGGGGAAGAAGUCAGUGCAGACCAUCACCAAUGAACAACGUGCCUCUAAAGUCUUGGGGAUUGUGUUCUCCCUCUUUCUAGUGAUGUGGUGCCCUUUUUUCAUAACUAACAUCACCUCUGUUCUGUGCAAAUCCUGCAGUAAGGAGUUUAUCCAAACACUUAUGGAGAUAUUUGUUUGGAUAGGGUAUGUUUCAUCCGGAGUGAACCCACUGGUCUACACCCUUUUCAAUAAGACGUUCAGAGAAGCCUUUGGCAGGUACAUCACUUGCAAUUACCGCACCUCUCUGCCUGGAAGGGCCCUUCGGAAAUGUUCCAGCAGGCUUUCAUUCAGGAAUUCUAUGGCAGAGAACUCAAAGCUUUUUAUGAUGCACCAUGGAAUGCGAAAUGGAAUUAAUCCGGUAAUGUACCAAAGCCCUAUGAGACUUUGCAGCUCACCAAUUCAAUCAUCCUCAGCCAUUCUGCUGGAUACGCUGCUACUUACAGAGAAUGAAGUAGAUAAAACAGAAGAUCAGGUCAGCUAUGUAUAGCUGAAUGAAAAAUACAAGCCAUACCCUAUACCUAUUGGCAAAUGGCAGUAUGUAUAUAUGGUUUUCAUCUGUUAUUUAUACAAAAUCCAUUCUUGUAACCCGUCUCCUCUUGCUGCAAAGCACUUCCAUUUUCACGAUUUAACCUGUUACCUGGCCCGCCAAAGUAGUAGUAGUAUCGGAGCAUUGUAGUUUACAAAAAUGGGAAAGGAGUGUUCAGACAAUAAA